GCAUACAUAUCUCAGAUGGCAUGAGGGCAAGGCCCAGUUACCUCUAAUGGUCUGCCAUUUCACUGUGCUCAGAGACCCCACACGCAGCAGCAUGGAGAACCGGCUCUGCCAGCAUCCUCAACAACCCAAUGCCCAGGCCCAGGAGGCCUCGCCCAGGCCACAGUCCUCCAUGCCUCAGUCCCCGUUACUAUCUGGAGCGACCUCCCUCAUCUCCCUUACCCAGAGAGAGGAGUUUUUUGACCUGAUAGCCAGUUCCCAGAGCCGUAGACUAGAUGACCAGAGAGCCAGUAUAGGGGAUCGCUUGGGCAUAAAAAUAGCACAAAACAACUUGGGACACUUGUGUGAAGCAUGUAGUCCACGGGAACCUAGUGAUGAGUUCUUCAACAUGCUCAUAAAAUAUCAGUCCUCCAGAAUCAAUGAUCAGAGAUGUUCUUUGCCUCCUGCACCAGACCCAGAUGAAGACUUCUUUAGCCUAAUUCAGAGAGUGCAAUCCAAACGGAUGGAUGAACAACGGGUUUCUUUUCACUCUGAUGAAAAGGGUGACACAGACUUAGAGGUCCAAAACCAAAAGAACUCAAGCUAGAGACUGUUGUUUUGACCUCCACAAAAUGCUUCAGAAAACCCUAACAGGACAGUCUGGUUGCACAUUUUGGGAGAUCUUCAUAGGUUUGGGCUAUAGUGGGAAGU